UCAUACAGAAUCUGCAAUUUCCUUAAUUUGCAUGCUUUGCAUUUCACGUUCAUAACUUAGAAAUGGGUCGUGUCAAAUUGGAGAUUAAGAGAAUAGAGAACACCAUAAAUCGUCAGGUCACAUUCUCCAAGCGCAGAAAUGGCCUCAUCAAGAAAGCCUACGAGCUGUCCAUUCUCUGCGACAUUGAUAUUGCUCUCAUCAUGUUCUCUCCUUCAGGCCGUGUCAGUCACUUUUCCGGCAGAAGAAGAAUUGAAGAUGUAUUCACACAUUACAUCAAUCUACCAGAUCAAGAAAGAGAUGGCGCUAUAACCUUUCCAGAGCAACCGUACCGCAGGAAUAUUCAGGACAAAGAGUAUCUGUUGAGGACCCUUCAACAACUGAAGAGCGAAAAUGACAUAGCUCUUCAGCUGGCCAAGUUCGUUCCAUCUCCUCUUCUCACCAACAAUCCCGGAGACAUCAACUCGGAGAUUGAAGAGCUUCAACAAGAAGUGAACAGGUUGCAGCAACAGCUUCAAAUGGCGGAAGAACAGAUACGGAUAUACGAGCCGGAGCCAUUGAAGAUGACAUCAACGGCGGAGCUGGAAUCGAGCGAAAAGCAUCUGGUAGAUAUGCUGACGCGUGUAAUGCAGAGGAAGGAAUACGUGAUGAGCAACCAUCUGUCAUCAUACGAUCCGUCGGUGAUGACGUCAUUGGAGAACGUGGGAUGGUUAGGGGAGGGGGGCGAGAGCCACUCGCAUGUAUUCGACGCGUCGGGGACGUUGGAUCCACUGACAUCGACGGUGUACGAGGCAUUCUCCCAGGGAGGGAGGAGCAACAACGGGGAGUGCCACGUGGGCGAGGGAAGCGCCGACGCAAAUCUGCAGGCCUGGCCUCAAGGCUACACAAUAUAUCCUGCCAUGCAGCAGGAGAUGGUGGGAGCAGACAUGCAGGAGAUAAUGCAGCCGCAGCUCAACAAUGUGGCCAUCCCCAGUGACUUCGACUCCAAAACUCAUCCUCACCUCACUCCCCAAUCACUCUGACUCUAUCUAUCCUCUUCUCUCACUAACUUCAUCUUCUUCAACCCUCUCCUCCUAUAUACUCUUUUUCAUAUCUCCCCAUUCAGUUCCCAUAUGCCUUUUUCCCCUCUUCCUUCACAUAUCUUUCCCUUCUUCCUCCUCCUCUUCCUGUUAUUUGGCUUCUUCGUUUUCUCUUCAGGGGUGUUUACAGGAUUCUUCCUCUUCUCCCUUUUUUAAUCCUAACUUCUUCUUCAACCUCUCUCUGCUUGUGAAUAAAGAUUGUCCUACAGAUAUAUUAUGGCUUGCUAACAGAGUAAUGACCUUCCUCUUUUACCUUUUUCCAAGAGCCAGCCAAGUCAUGAAUCGAACGGCCAUAGGCAUGGAAUCUCAUUUCCAAACAAUCUUAAUGCUGGUUUUCACGACGCCGCCUCCUUCAACCCUGCUUCACCCUUACAAUUUGGUGUGUCGCUUUUUCUUUCUGAUCUUUUCCAUCUUACACAUUAUAGUUUGUAUCCUACAUGGCCUGGCCAGCACCGGGCCCGAGGCCUGUGUCAUUGGGCCGCUUGAAAAUGGGUGGCUUCUUCCGUCCGUCUCUUGUUUUACUUUUUUUUUUUUGAGUAAAUACUGAAAUUCAUUCAAAACUAGGAAAAAAUUAAUACAAAGUACAAAAAGGAGAGGCGAAUAUAAGCGUUCCAAGCUAGAAAGUUCGCAUUACAAAUUACAUCCUGUAAGCAAGAUUAAUAGAUACAAUCCAAUUUCUAGUAGUUAAACAAAAUAUAGGUUUCAUAAAUGAUAUCCUUGAAGGGUUGAUCAAGACCAAAGCCUUUGAGAAUGAGGUUCAUCGUUUCAGCAGAAACAAAAUAGGCUUCAACCCUUCUAAAUCCCUUUUUUAAAUUCUCGUAGCAUGUGAGUUGGGCCUCAGCUCACAUAACUCACCUUAAAAUAACUUGAACAUCGCAUCUGCGGCUGAUUAUACUGUGCCUGGAAAUAAAACAGCAAUUAAACAAAUGCCUGGAUUUUUUUGGGAGGCCGAAACAAAUUCCAGAAAUUGAAGUCUGUCUAUGAAGUAGGGAAUUCGAGCAAUAAAAAGAUGCAUUCAUUAUCACGGGAGCGUGGGAGGGAACCAAAAUUUUUUAUUAGAUUUUUCAUUGU